GAGAAGCGCCCUUCUUUCUCCGGUCUCCCUGACCCCGCCCUCCUCCAGACGCGACGAGAUCCUUCGAGAGCUUCCUCUGCCCCCUCCCUAGCCCGCCCCCGCCCCCGCCCCCGCAGCCCUCUCUGCCGCCAGUGUCCCGGCAGCCGAGCCGGCUCGGAGCUCGUGCGCCCGCUUCGCUCGCGCGCUGCCUCGCGCCCUCCCUCCCUCUCUCUCUCUUCCCCUCUCUCUUCCUCUCUUUCUCCCUCCCUCUCUCCGUCCCGUCCGUCCGUGGGUCGGUCCGUCCGUCAGUCCUCAGGCCCGGCGGCGGCGGGUGGCGCGCGCUCCUGGGCAGCCACGCGGGGCCUCGUGCGUGCGCCUCGCGCUCUCCCCAGCCCCUCCCCCGGUGCCGCGCGGGGCCGCCGGGCUCCCGUCCCAGGCCGGGGCCAUGUCGGUGGUGGGCAUAGACCUGGGCUUCCAAAGCUGCUACGUUGCCGUGGCCCGGGCCGGCGGCAUCGAGACGAUCGCCAACGAGUACAGCGACCGCUGCACCCCGGCUUGUGUUUCUUUUGGUCCUAAGAAUCGUUCAAUUGGAGCUGCAGCUAAAAGCCAGGUUAUUUCAAAUGCAAAGAAUACAGUCCAAGGUUUUAAGAGAUUUCAUGGCAGAGCAUUCUCAGAUCCAUUUGUUCAAGAAGAGAAGUCUCAUCUUGCAUAUGAAGUUGUGCAGUUACCAACAGGUUCAGCUGGUAUCAAGGUAACAUAUAUGGAGGAAGAGCGGAAUUUUACCACUGAGCAGGUCACAGGAAUGCUCUUGUCCAAACUAAAGGAAACUGCAGAAAAUGCCCUGAAGAAACCUGUUGUUGACUGUGUAGUUUCAGUCCCUUGCUUCUAUACAGAUGCUGAGAGAAGAUCAGUGCUGGAUGCAACACAGAUUGCUGGUCUUAAUUGUCUGCGAUUGAUGAAUGAAACUACUGCAGUUGCCCUUGCAUAUGGAAUCUAUAAACAAGAUCUGCCCACCAUGGAAGAGAAACCAAGAAAUGUUGUGUUUGUUGACAUGGGACAUUCUGCCUAUCAGGUGUCUGUGUGUGCAUUCAACAAAGGAAAACUCAAAGUUCUUGCCACUGCAUUUGAUCCAACAUUGGGAGGUAGAAAAUUUGAUGAAAUGUUAGUAAAUCACUUCUGUGAAGAAUUUGGGAAGAAAUACAAACUAGACAUCAAGUCCAAAAUUCGUGCGUUGUUGCGACUUUCUCAGGAGUGUGAAAAGCUCAAGAAAUUGAUGAGUGCAAACGCUUCAGACCUCCCUAUGAACAUAGAAUGUUUCAUGAAUGAUGUUGAUGUAUCUGGAAUUAUGAACAGGAGCAAAUUUCUGGAGAUGUGUGAUGAUCUCUUAGCUAGAGUGGAGCCACCACUUCGAAGUGUUUUGGAACAAGCCAAGUUAAAGAAAGAGGAUAUUUAUGCAGUAGAGAUAGUUGGUGGUGCCACUAGGAUCCCUGCAGUGAAAGAGAAGAUCAGCAAAUUCUUUGGUAAAGAACUCAGUACAACAUUAAAUGCAGAUGAAGCAGUCACACGAGGGUGUGCUUUGCAGUGUGCAAUAUUGUCUCCUGCUUUCAAAGUACGAGAGUUUUCUACCACUGAUGUAGUGCCAUAUCCAAUAUCUCUUCGAUGGAAUUCCCCAGCAGAAGAAGGAAUAAGUGAUUGUGAAGUCUUCUCGAAGAAUCAUGCAGCCCCUUUCUCUAAAGUUCUCACAUUUUAUAGAAAGGAACCGUUUACUCUCGAGGCCUAUUAUAGUUCUCCUAAGGAUUUACCUUACCCAGAUCCUGCUAUAGCCCAAUUUUUGGUUCAGAAGGUGACUCCUCAGACUGAUGGAUCCAGUUCAAAAGUGAAAGUAAAAGUUCGAGUCAACGUGCAUGGUAUUUUCAGUGUAUCUAGUGCAUCCCUUGUGGAGGUACACAAGUCUGAUGAAUGUGAAGAGCCUAUGGAAACAGAUCAGCAUGCAAAAGAGGAAGAGAAGAUGCAGGUAGACCAAGAUGAACAGAAAACUGAGGAAAACCAAAAUCCAGUACAAGGGGAAAAUAAGACAGAAUCUGAAGAAAUGGAGACUUCUCAGCCUGGGUCCAAAGAUAAGAAAAUGGACCAGCCACCUCAAGCCAAGAAGGCAAAAGUUAAAACCACCACUGUGGAUCUCCCUAUUGAAAAUCAGUUGUUAUGGCAGAUAGGAAGAGAAAUGUUGAACUUAUACAUUGAGAAUGAGGGUAAGAUGAUCAUGCAGGAUAAGCUGGAGAAGGAAAGAAACGACGCCAAGAACGCGGUGGAAGAAUACGUUUAUGAGAUGAGAGACAAACUGAACGGCCUGUAUGAGAAGUUUGUCAGUGAGGACGACCGUAACAGUUUUACUUUGAAAUUGGAAGAUACUGAGAAUUGGUUGUAUGAAGAUGGAGAAGACCAGCCCAAACAUGUUUAUGUUGAUAAAUUAACAGAAUUGAAGAAUCUGGGUCAGCCUAUUAAAAAUCGGUUCCAGGAAUCUGAAGAAAGACCAAAGGCAUUUGAAGAACUGGGAAAACAAAUCCAAAUGUUUAUGAAAAUUAUUGACUCUUUCAGAAACAAGGAAGAACAGUAUGAUCAUUUGGAUGCAGCCGAUGUGUUGAAAGUAGAGAAAAGCACUAAUGAAGCAAUGGAAUGGAUGAACAGCAAGCUAAAUCUUCAGAACAAACAGAGUCUUACUGUGGAUCCAGUUGUAAAGACAAAGGAUAUUGAAGCAAAAAUUAAAGAGCUUACAAGUACCUGUAACCCUAUAGUUACAAAACCUAGACCCAAAGUGGAGCUUCCAAAAGAUGAUGAACAUGUGGAACAGAAUGGACCAGUAGAAGGACAAGACAAUAGCCACGGAGGGGCUCAGUCCACUGAGCAGAAUAUAGAUCCAAGCGCCUCCCCAGAUUCUGAGAAGAAACUUCCUGAAAUGGACAUUGAUUAAUUCCAGCACUUGUUUAUAUUAAAGCCCACUUAUCAUAAAGCUUUAAGUUGUCAACUUUGUUCUAAAUAGCAAAGAAAGCAGAUUAAUAUUGCAAGUUAUUUAGUUUGUUUUCUUCUCUCGAAGGGAAAUCCAUGUAUUGAAUAUGAAAACUGAAAAAUGCAUCAGUACACCAUCCAAUAUGUUGAAUGUUUUCCCCUAGUUCUUAUGUUAUCCCUGUUUAUUUUGAAAUUAUUGAAGCAGCAGUUCCUUCCUUUUUUUUUUAUAUUUGAUCAGAUGGAGGAAGAAGGUUGUUAUGGAGAUCUAGGCCAGAGAUCUGUAAUUAGCUGGAGAUCAAGCUUAUUAGGAUGCUCUGGCCAAAGGCUUGCAGGUGUAAAUGUAUUUUAAACAUUGUUGGGGGUGGGAAGGAGGGAAACAAGAAAGGCAUGGCUUUCUGAGGUUUUUCCGUAGCACAGAAAAUGAUGGCUCCCUAAUUCUUUCUUUGCUUGUAUGUUGAGACGCUCCUUAAAUGAACAGAUUCCCUCCUAGCAAGUGCCAUGUAUGUUAACCUAUUUGGAAUACAAGCUAAAUGAGUGUGGGGACAUAUUUUAAUCAGGUUUUUAGGCCUGAAAUACGCUUCUUAAGCUGUGUUGUAUAUCCCGGUCGCCAGAGUUUAAGCAGAUCUUUAAUGGAUGUAUGAUAUCAUGGGUAAGAUGUUUUCCUGAAUUUAGUAGAUGUGAAGUAGGGUGUGUAUCAAGGUAAAACACACCCAAGAAAUGUACAUUUUGGUCUCUGUUCAGAUUGAGUUGUACUCUUAGACGGUUACUCUAAUGGGAAUGUUUUGUCUGUCUUGGGAGAUGCUGCUUAGCCUUGACGGUUGAGGGAAUAAUUUCCUAGUGAGAGUUGCAAAUUUCUUAAGCUCUGACACACACUGGCUAUUACCAUAGAAUAUCUAUGAUAAACCUGCAAAUAAUUCAUUUGUGUUUUGAAUCAAAUAGAUACAAAACUAUACAAAAAGUUAACAAGAAAUAAAUACACUGGAUUAUACUGCAUGAGUUUUAAAUUGGUGUAGAAUAGAUAUAAUGGAAACCUUGGAUAUUUUCUUGAUGUUGGACUUUGGAAUUUUGCACUAAAGCAGUAAUUUACAACUUUUAUGCUGUGUAGUGCUCAUAAAAAAUUUUAUGGACCUCAUCAGUCCCUUCCCCAUGGCCCAUCCCAACUUAUAUCAUGGAUUGGAAAAAAAAAUAGCUUAAAACUACUAUGAAUUCAGUGACUUAAUUGAAUUCGUAUUUUAUUCACAAGAGUAUCUGAAUGUAUGUGCAAGUUAGCAAUACAUGUACAUGUGAGACAUUCACGCUACAGACAGCAUCGUUACUGCUUAGGCUGUUUAAUGAGAUGGACACCUUACAGUAACUUUGAGGGAUCCUUGGCCCACAGGUUGGGGACUUUUGCUAAAGCAGUAGUCCUUGAUAGCUUUUUAUGUACCCAAUGAGAAAAUAGUGGUUGUGUUUAGCAUUUGGGAAAUCAUAGGAGCCGCUGUUAACAGUUUUUUUGUGUGUGAUGAAAUUAAUAUCCCCCUUGGUGAGUAAUGUUGUGGGUAAUAUCACAUAAUUGAAUUUGAAGAUUUAUAAGGCAAAUUUUAAUUCACAUACAUUGCAGAUUGUGUGUGUGAAUGCUCAUUAUAUCAUUGCACCAUGGCAUAAUGGGAAAGUGGAGUCACCAUAGGAUAUAGCAUUGUAGUUGGAAGGGAAUCUCAAAGGUUAUCUAGUUCAACUUCCUCUUUUUUAAAAUGAGGAAAAGAUCUUGGCUUGGGUCACACAGGUAGAAAGUGACAUGUUUUACAGUCUAGGCCUUUUGUCUUCAAAUCCCAUCACCUUUAAUCCUGCAGCACAUGGGGCUCCACUCCCAUUCUGAGGAAGUGAACAUAUAGUGUGGGCUGCUCUAUUCCUUGUUAAACUUAGUUAAUAGGAUCACAGAUCUAAAGCAUGAAGGGGCUUUGUUAGCUAAUCUAACAAUUGGGGGGGGUUGUUCAUUCUGCUCAUUUUGGGGGCUGGACAGCUAUUUAGAAUGUUGAGGAAUUUUGUGAAAUGAAUCCACAACAGAGGUUAGUAAUAAUUUGUUUUAGUUGUUUAGGAACUGGGCUUGUCUAAGACCUUAGCUGAUGGGCCAUUGUGCAAGGGGGAAAGGGAGUAAGUAUUUAAGUGCCUACUAUGUGCAAGGCACUAUGCUAAGCACUUUGCAAAUAUCUCAUUUGAUCCUCACAGUAACCCUGUGAGGCAGGUGCUAUUCUCAUUUUACAGUUGAAGAAACAGAUGAUCAAGUUAACUGACUUGUCCAGGGUCACCCAACUACUAAGUAUCUUGGGCUGGAUUUGAAUUCAUGUUUUCUCGACUCCAAGCCCAGUACUCUAUCCACUGUGCCACUAAACUGCUUCAGAGGAGAGGCAGUCAGAUUUGGGUACACGUAUGAAAGACAAAUGCUUAGUGAUGGAGGUUUGACUGAGCCAGCAAUUCGGAGGGUGGAGAUGGCCCACAGAGGAGACACUAGGUCACUACAGAUAGAUGUGUCUUGAAAAGUAUGAGAAAAUAGGAUGGAGGGAAAUACACAGUUAAUGAUUAUAACUGAAUGGGACGAACUUGGCCAUAUUAAAUGGAAGAAAGCCGGAUGGAUUAGCAAGCAGAAUCUAAUAAAUUGUUGAAAAAAAAAAACUUGAAAGUAAAUGACAAUUAAAAUUUGGGUCUUGAUCAAAA